UUGAAAUUACUCUUUCCACCCUGCAUCAUCUUCACAUCUUUCAUCACCCACUAUGUGUAUAUAUCUAUAUAUCUUAUCCUGUCACACUUUUGUCUACGUUUCUUUCGUCUUACAUAAUGUCCUUCAUACAAAGACUUCAUCAUGUACUCCAAAUCAUCUCCUAUAAAUACCAACUAACCAACCAACACUCUCACUCACACACUCACCCACACAUACUUCUUACACAUAAACACUUGACUCUUCUUCAUCAACUUCUUCUUCUUCUUCUUCUUCUUCAUAUAUCCAUGCCUUCCCUUUCCGACCACUUUGAGUUCAACUCCGUCCAUGAAGUCCCUGACUCUCAUGCAUGGCCAUCUCUCCAUGAUUACCCUUCCACCGAACCUUUAGGACAUGACUCAAUCCCUAUUAUCGACUUAAACAAAUCAAGCUCUGAUACCAUAAAACAAAUAAAACAAGCAUGUGAAAGAUGGGGUGUGUUUAGGGUCACCGGGCAUGGAGUACCCAGUGACUUAUUAGAUCAACUUGAGCUACAAACAUGCCGUCUUUUCUCCCUCCCCUCUCGACAAAAGCUAAAAGCCGCUCGACUCCCCGACGGUGUAUCAGGCUAUGGUCUUGCUCGUAUCUCGCCGUUCUUCUCCAAACUCAUGUGGUAUGAAGGCUUCACUAUCUCCGGCUCUCCACUUGGCCAUGCUCGCAAGCUCUGGCCUCAUGACUACUCUGAAUUUUGUGAAACUAUUGAUAGAUACAACAAGGAAAUGAAGAAGCUGGCGGAGAGAGUGAUGCACCUAAUGCUUCAAUCACUGGGCCUACAUGAAAAUGAUUUGGAUUGGGCCGGGCCUGUGAAAGAUCUGCAGGAAGUCUCCGGCGUGCUUCAGUUGAACUCGUACCCGUCUUGCCCGGAUCCAGACCGGGCUAUGGGUCUGGCGGCCCAUACAGACUCAAGCUUGUUAACCAUACUCCAUCAAAACAGUACUAGUGGUCUCCAAGUCCUACGGGCCCAAGACAUUUACGGCCCGGCCCGUUGGGUCACAGUCCCGCCACUGCCCGGAGCCCUUGUAAUGAACAUUGGAGAUCUGUCCCACAUCCUAUCCAACGGCAGGUUUCAUAGUGUGCUCCACCGGGCCGUCGUAAACCGGGCUCGCCACCGAUACUCAAUGGCUUACAUUUGCGGUCCACCGGCUCAUGCUAAGGUCUCACCACUUCGGCCUUUAUCGGGCCGCCCGGUGUUUCGGGCCGUUACGUGGCCCGAGUAUUUGGGCCUCAAGGGUAAGCUAUUCAAUCAAGCCCUUGCCUCUAUCAGGGUCUCUGAUGAGACAUGGGAGGAUCACAACAAUGCAUCAGUGAUCACUUGUGUCUAGAGAGAUAUUUAUAUCAUAUCUAUAAUUAAUAUAUCAUAAAAUUGAUAUUAAUUGAUUUAUAUAUAAACAUAAAAAAUAAUAUGUUUAUGAGGUGUUAGCAUGAACUUUGAGCAAACAUGAAUGGAAUGGAGGAUGAACCCAAAAAAGGCCAUCAAAUCAAAGCAGGGUAAGUGUGCUUGUGGGUGGAGAGUAGUACAUGCAAACAAAAGGUCUUUGUUGUGGCACUGUCUCAGUUUCACAAGGAAAUUUUUUUUGCAUUUGAAUAAUGUGAAGAUUGUGGGGGUCCAUGCAUGGUCCCAUCCCAUACAAAACAAGGAAUUACUUAAUUAAUUAGAUGCUAAUUAUGUUUUUCUAUGAUAGUCUUUGUUGACUUACUGGUCAUUGACAAACAAAUUUAACCAUGGUUUUCAGCUGUCUAAUACAAUGACCUUCUUGUUUCUUAUUUGGACUUGGGACUGGUAAUGACAAAAAUAGUAGUGGUAGUUGUUAUUGCUGACUUAA